AUGUCUGUGCGAGUAUUGAAUCCUAAUGCGGAGGUGCUCAACAAAACGGCGGCGCUUCAUAUGACAAUCAACGCCGCUAAGGGUUUACAGGAUGUGCUCAAGUCCAAUCUCGGUCCCAAGGGAACCAUCAAGAUGCUUGUUGGUGGUUCAGGGGAUAUCAAGCUUACCAAGGACGGGAACACGCUUUUGAAGGAAAUGCAAAUUCAAAAUCCUACAGCUAUCAUGAUUGCCAGGACUGCUGUUGCACAGGAUGACAUCAGUGGUGAUGGUACUACUUCCACUGUCAUCUUCAUUGGUGAGCUCAUGAAACAGUCCGAGCUUUGCAUCGAUGAAGGAAUGCAUCCACGUCUUUUAGUUGAUGCUUUCGAGAUUGCAAAAAGAGCUACUCUUCAAUUUCUCGACACUUUCAAGACUCCUGUGGUUAUGGGUGAUGAGCCUGAUAAAGAGAUCCUGAAAAUGGUUGCUAGGACCACUCUAAGAACAAAGUUGUAUGAAGGCUUAGCUGACCAACUGACUGAUAUUGUUGUUAAUUCGGUUCUCUGCAUUCGGAAGCCUGAGGAACCUAUUGAUCUGUUCAUGGUUGAGAUAAUGCACAUGCGCCAUAAAUUUGAUGUUGACACACGAUUGGUUGAGGGGCUUGUUCUGGAUCAUGGUUCAAGACACCCUGACAUGAAGCGACGUGCAGAGAAUUGUCACAUCCUUACUUGCAAUGUGUCUCUGGAGUAUGAGAAGAGUGAAAUUAAUGCAGGGUUUUUCUACUCGAAUGCGGAACAGAGGGAAGCCAUGGUUACUGCAGAGCGACGUUCUGUUGAUGAAAGAGUCAAGAAAAUUAUUGAGCUUAAGAAUAAGGUUUGUGCUGGUAAUGAUAACAGCUUUGUUAUCAUAAAUCAAAAGGGUAUUGAUCCCCCAUCAUUGGAUAUGCUUGCUAGAGAAGGGAUUGUUGCCCUUCGAAGAGCAAAGAGGAGGAACAUGGAACGUUUGGUUCUGGCAUGUGGGGGAGAAGCUGUGAACUCCGUUGAUGACUUGAACCCGGAGUCUCUUGGAUGGGCUGGACUUGUUUAUGAGCACGUUCUUGGGGAAGAGAAGUACACAUUUGUGGAGCAAGUGAAGAAUCCUCAUUCAUGUACUAUCCUCAUUAAAGGGCCUAACGACCACACCAUUGCUCAAAUUAAGGAUGCUGUCCGUGAUGGUUUAAGAUCAGUUAAGAAUACAUUGGAAGAUGAGUGUGUUGUAUUAGGAGCUGGAGCUUUUGAAGUUGCAGCAAGCCAGCACUUAAUGAACGAAGUCAUGACAACCGUUAAAGGGCGAGCUAAGCUCGGUGUAGAAGCUUUUGCCAAAGCUCUUCAGGUGGUUCCCAAGACACUGGCUGAAAACGCUGGGCUUGAUACACUAGACGUUAUCAUUUCACUAAAGAGUGAGCAUGGCAAAGGAAACGUGGUGGGACUAAACCUGGUGGAUGGAGAACCCAUCGACCCGCAGCUUGCCGGUAUAUUCGACAAUUACUCGGUGAAACGCCAACUUAUCAAUUCAGGGCCGGUGAUAGCUUCGCAAUUGUUAUUAGUGGAUGAAGUGAUACGUGCUGGAAGGAAUAUGAGGAAGCCUACUUAAAAGCUUCCUUCUAUGUAUUAUUGGUUCUCUCACCUUAAACUUUUAUUUUCCGGUUCUUCUUUUAGUUUUUGAGUUUUACCAUAAGGAAAUUAUGUUUUUAAUUGUGUUUGUCAUAGAGAAUCUCAAAUAUGUAUGUUUUUUUAAUGAGUAAAACAUGAUGAAAUCUCAAUUACUAGUUAAUUUGUUUAUUCUUUUGGGGUUCUACUCCUUUGUUUUUUUUCUCUAUUCCUUCUUGUG